AUGUAUCGUUUAUUCCACAAGGUAAAUAACAAAGAAAAGAUAGUUGGUUGGUAUCACAGUGGAUCUAAAUUACACAGAAAUGAUUUAGAAAUAACCAAGUCGUUAGCUAAGAUUUACAACGUAGAAAACAUGGUCUUGUGUGUUGUAAAAAUAAAUGAGCAAGAUACAGUUCCUGUACAAACCUACUAUUUCGAUGGGAUUGAACAUAAACUUAUAAAAAAGAUUUUAGUUGGUGCUGAUGAAAAUGAAGAAAUUGGAGUUGAACAUCUUUUAAGAGAUAUUAAAACAACUACAGGUACCACGCCUAAAGACAAACUUAUGUCUAUUAAAAAUUCAUUAAAAAAAUUUAAAAAUUCAUUAGAUAAUGUAAUUGCAUAUUUGGACUCAGAAAAUCAUAAUUCAAACAUUAUUAAUUUGAUACAAGAAACCAUUAAUCUUUUUCCUAAAACAUCUUUUAAUGUUGAUAUGGAUAGAAUUUAUAACGCAGAGUUUAUGAAUUUAAUUGUUGCAAUGAAUAAUCUACAAAAAAAUAAGUUUAAUUAA